UGCGCACCGCCUGAUUAGCUGAAUCGGGGAUCGUGAUAUGUUAUCAAGGGUUCUCGGAAGCAAACCGCCGUAUCUUCCAUCGCUUGAGACCGUCGCUGCAUCAAUCACUCGGAUCAUAUAACCCUUUCAUCCUUUAUCGCUGUAUCGCUGUGCCAGCACCAUUUUCGCUAGUCAGCUAGUCAGUAGUCUCGUCGUCAAAGAUAAUUGUCAUGGAUCUUGCCGAGGAAGAAAAGCAGGGAAGGCGCGGGUCUCGCUCGUCAAUCGACGAGCCCCUUCUGCCUCCCCAAUAUGAAGAAAGGCCAUCAAGAUUGCCUUCUCCUCAUGGGCAAAGUAGAAACGCUGGACACGAUGUUGAGAGAAUAUUGAACCCCAAGAGGAAACGAUCAGGUAACGGUCGAUUUUGGACAAUACUCUUUGUCGCAUUGAUGGGUCCGGCACUGCUUGGGGCUUUCGCGAUCUUCUUCUCAAACUCGUACUACGGAGAUGGAUGGAUCUCCAACAGGCCCCACGCCGAUUCGGGCUCUUUCCCUACAGAUAUCGGAUUUGCUGGCCCUACAAUCACGGGCAAGGAAGCCGGAUUGCUCCUCACCGCACCUGCGCCUCCUGUACAGACCGCUCAACCACCUUUGGUUGCCCCGAGCGUUGGUGGAAAGAAGCACCCUUUCAACAUUAUGCAAUCCUGGGGACAUUUGUCCCCUUGGUAUUCGGUAGACAGCCAUGGGUUGCCGAAGACGGACAGCUUGGAACCUAAAGGUUGCGAGAUUAAAGGUUUGCAUUGGCUACAAAGACACGGCGCAAGGUAUCCUACAACCGACACAGUUGAAGGUCCCAUGGGGUUUGCUAUCAGGCUCAAGAACUCUAACUGGACUGCCUCGGGCGAUUUGGCUUUCCUCAAUGAUUGGUCUUACAAGCUAGGAGGCGAGAUUUUAACGCCGUUCGGUCGACAACAGCUAUUCAACCUGGGAGUUUCCGCUCGAGUCAAAUAUGGAUUCCUCCUGGAACAGUUCGAGGACCGUCUGCCGGUAUUUAGGACGGAGAGCCAAGAUCGUAUGCUCAAGUCGGCGCAGAACUUUGCUGCAGGCUUCUUUGGGAUUCCUGUAGAGGAUCAGUACAAUCUCGCUGUCAUGAUCGAGAGCCCCAACUACAACUGCACCCUCUCGCCUUACGCCAUGUGCCCGAAUGACAAUGGCAAAUUGGGUGCUAUCGCAGGAGCCAAGACUCAAGCAUGGGAGAACGUCUUCCUUGCAAAGGCCAUUAAGAGGCUGCAACCUUUGAUUGGAGAUUACUCCUUGACCACCCGCGAUGUUAAAGACAUGAUGGAAAUGUGCGCCUAUGAAACAGUAUCCGUGGGGUAUUCUGCUUUCUGUGGCCUAUUCACCGAGGACGAGUGGAAAGGCUUCCAAUAUAGGAAUGACAUUUGGUGGUGGCAUACGAGCGGUUUCGGUUCCCCUGUGGCUCGGGCGGAGGGAUUGGGGUACGCCCAGGAGUUGAUCUCACGUUUGACUCACACCCGCUUGACCGAGUUCAACUCCACCACAAACAGCACUUGGCACGAUGAUAUACACUUCCCCUUGAACGACCCCAUCUACGUCGACUUCACGCACGACACCGUGUUCCACGAUGUUGUUACCGUGUUGAACUUCACCGGUUUCGCGGCUAGCGGGACUCCGCCCACCGAUCACAUACCGAAGCACCGCUCCUACAUUUCCUCCAAGAUCUCCCCUUUCGCAACCAACAUGCAGUUCCAAAUCCUGUCGUGCCCGUCCGAAGCGUAUGACAUAGACGAGGCUGAAAGAUCGCGAAAGUCGGACGAAUACAUCAGGGUCAUUCUCAAUGACGCUGCGGUUCCUCUCACCGGAAUUCGAGGUUGUCCCGAGAACGACGAUGGCAAGUGUCCCAUGGCGACCUUUGUCUCGUCGAUCCAGGAGAUCAUCGGCAGCAUCGACUUUGAAAAGGAGUGCCUUGGCCGGGGAGCGGAAAUCGACUAUAGUGCCGAAACCACGACCGGUGCGCCCGUAUAUCUGUCGUAAUGGGGGGACUCGAUCAUGAACUUGGCUGUAAUUAGCAUACGAUUGAAUUAACGUGAACUCGAAUGUGGUAGAUAUAGGAUGGCAUUAUCUGUGCUUAGGUCGACGUCAUUGGCCGAGUGACCGGGUAGAAGCGC